GGCGGAGUGACUCGGCGGCCAUUAGCUGUGUGUAGUUGCCUGGCGCUAGGAGCUUAAGUGAAGCGGGAAUUCUUACUCGGUGUAAAUCAACCCCGGCCAUGGGUUCCUGCCGAGGAUAGCCCUAGAACACGGAGCAGGGGGCGCUUUCCAGUUCCCCGCCUUGCCCAGUGGUGGGGCCUACUAGGCCGCCGGGACAUCCCGGGUCUCAAGUAGGCCUAGUCUGCGGGCAAGGGCGUCCCAAAGGCGGGAGGCGCCAUGUCUCUGGUUGCUUAUGCCAGCAGCGAUGAGAGUGAGCCGGAUGAGCCGGAGCCGGAGCCGGAGGAAGAGGAUGUGGCGGCUCCUAUGCCCGGGCCCACUUUAGGAGGCCUGUUCGCGUCCCUGCCCGCACCCAAGGGUCCGGCCUUGCUGCCCCCGCCCCCUCAGAUGCUGGCUCCGGCCUUUCCCCCGCCUCUGUUGCUGCCCCCGCCCACCGGAGACCCCAGGCUGCAGCCUCCUCCACCUUUGCCCUUCGGCUUGGGCGGCUUCCCGCCACCUGCAGGAGUGAGCCCAGCUGAAGCUGCGGGAGUCGGGGAGGGGCUGGGGCUGCCGUCGCCCCAAGGCCCUGGUCUCAGUCUGCCCCCGGCUGUGGGCAGCGUCGGACCCCCCUUGGGGCUUCCCAAGCCAAAGAAGAGAACCGAGCCGGUGAGGAUCGCGGCGCCGGAGCUGCAUAAGGGCGAUUCAGAUUCUGAGGAAGAUGAACCUGCAAAAAAGAAAACCGUCCUGCAGGGAUCCGGCGAGGGGACUGGUUUGUCUGCCUUGCUCCCCCAACCUAAAAACCUGACUGUGAAAGAGACUAACAGGUUGCUCCUGCCCCAUGCCUUCUCCCGGAAACCCUCAGAUGUCUCCUCAGAUGCUAAGCCCUCUAGACUGGCUUCUAAGACCAAGCCCGCCUCACUUGCUCCUGUUUUGGGCACCACAACCACCACUCCGUCACCGUCUGCCAUCAAGGCUGCUGCCAAGAGUGCUGCCCUGCAGGUGACGAAGCAGAUCACACAGGAGGAUGACGACAGUGAUGAGGAGGUUGCUCCUGAGAACUUUUUCUCCCUCCCUGACAAGGCUGAGCCACCUGGAGUUGAGCCAUACUCUUACCCUGUCCCCACUGUCCCUGAAGAGCUGCCUCCAGGCACAGAACCAGAGCCAGCUUUCCAGGACGAUGCAGCCAAUGCUCCCCUUGAGUUUAAGAUGGCAGCAGGGUCAAGUGGGGCCCCCUGGAUGCCGAAGCCUGGGGAUGACUACAGCUACAAUCAGUUUUCCACAUAUGGCGACGCCAAUGCCGCUGGUGCUUAUUAUCAGGAUUAUUACAGUGGUGGCUACUAUCCUGCACCGGACCCGGCUCUGGUCCCUCCCCAGGAAAUCGCCCCAGAUGCCUCCUUCAUUGAUGAUGAAGCAUUUAAGCGGCUGCAGGGCAAGAGGAAUCGCGGGAGGGAGGAGAUCAACUUUGUGGAGAUCAAAGGUGAUGACCAGCUCAGUGGAGCUCAGCAGUGGAUGACCAAGUCGUUGACAGAAGAGAAGACCAUGAAGUCCUUCAGCAAAAAGAAAGGUGAGCAGCCAACUGGCCAGCAGCGGAGGAAACACCAGAUCACAUAUCUGAUUCAUCAGGCUAAGGAGCGGGAGCUGGAGCUGAAGAACACCUGGUCAGAAAACAAGCUCAGUCGCCGGCAGACCCAAGCCAAAUACGGAUUCUAGGGCUCAGGGACUGAUGGCCCAGGAUCUUCUGUCGGCCCUGCUGACCCGGCCCCGCUGGCCCGGCCCCAGCUUCACCUCCAGGACCCCAGCUGCUCUAAGUCCAGCACCUCCACCUUGAGGACCCAGCUCUCACCUCUGGGAGAAGGAACAUAUUUGAUAGAUUUUUCUUAACAGUUAGAAAAUCCAGCUCCUUUCUGCGCUGGGGCUGGAGAGACUGCUGCCCCAGAGGCCCUGAGUCCUUGGUUGGGAGUUUUGCUCCCUGUCGGUGUGACGAGACGUUGAACUCUCCCACGGUCUUUUUUUUUUUUUUUUUUUUUUUAAACCAGGGAUGUCUGUUGAAAUAAAACAUUGAGUGUGACAGAUGUGCCUGCACCGUGUCUGGAUCACAGAGUCGAGCUUGUGCAGAUGCCUCGCCCGCACCCUGAGCUGCCUUAUCCUUGCUUUGCUUUUUUACCCUCUCUGCCGACUUACACCCGGGCUUUGUGGCCCUGACCAUCCCAGUCGUUGGUAGUUUUACCUGGGGCGGGAUGAUAAUCCGAGGCCUGGGAUUCCAAAUGUGGAGAGUAGUGCUGAUCUCAGAGAUGGACUAGAAGGGCCCUAUGGCUCGAAAGCCGCGUUAAACUGGGUGUGUCGCUGCACGCCUGUAGUCCCAGCACUCAGGAGGCGGAAGGAUGAAGAGUUCAAGUUCAGCCUGAGCUGCAGGAUCAAGACCCUACCAUUUAAAAAGAAAAAGCAUCUGUGAUAGAUACUUUGUUCCCAAAGUGAAUCAAAUUUACACUGAGGUUUGUGGCAUGGACUGGUUUGGAGAGAGUUCUGUUCACCACUGUACCACCAAUACAGAUUGUGAGCUGCUUUGGAAGCUAGGCAUAGAAGGUGGGGGCCAGAUAUAUCUCCGUGGAGACUUCAGAAUCUCUAGCUGUUUUGGGGAAGGAAUCUGGAAGAGAAUACAGACUUAGGAGCUGUAGGGCACUAUGUGCACACCAGCAACAGUGUACUCUGUAGUGUCUUCCUUUCAGGUCAAGACUCAAGUAGGAAUGAUCACAAAGAUAGCACAUCAAACCACGAGUCAGCUGUCAGGCAUCCAAGAGUUACCUGGUGUGCAGGAAUGGAGCACUAAAGAAACUCCAGAGCCUGUGGGUGCCAGGUAGCAGAGCCGUAGGUGCUUCAGUCCACUGCUGAUGGGGCUGUCCUGGAUAGGCAAGGCUAUGGCCCGAGGAACAGUUUGAAUAGGGUGUGGUGGGGACUAGGGCCCAGCAGAUGAGACAUCUCACUUUCUGGUGCUGUGUGCUGAGGUAAGUCGAGGAGUCUGUUUCUCAUUAAGUACAUUGUAGGGUUUCAUCACUUACAGGAAAACUACCCGCUUAUCUGAAAUCUGACCUACUUCGGGUUGGAGCCAGACAGGGCUCCCGAGUCCCACAGGGAUUGUAGUUGUUCAGAUCUUCACAUCCAGCCAGUCUCAGUAGGGAGCCUCACUCAGCUCCAGUGAUCCUCCAUUGUCCGCAGAGGACAGGCAAGGCUGAGGUCUGCCUCCAGAUGGAUGUCUUAGGUGAUAGUUGACCCAGCGGGGCUCAGAAGUCUGAGGUCCCUUUGUGCCAGGUGCUCUGUGUCCAGUGUACUCUAAGAGCAGCCUUUGUCGUCUGUGUUACCACCCUGCAUUUGGUAUCUUGUCUUCAGAGUCUGCACUGUGAUGGAGUAGGAAGUGCCCUACAUUGCUGGGAGGCAGGAGAUGACCCCCCUCCCCUUUUCCCUUUAAUUGAGAUGGUUUUUCUGUGUAGCCCUGGCUGUCCUGGAACUCUGUAGACCAGGCUGGCUUCAAACUUACAGAGAUCUGCCUGUCUCUGCCUCCCGAGUGCUGGGAUUAAAGGGGUGUGCCACCACCGCCCGGCAGGAGAUGAGCCUUUUACCUUCAGUUCUCAGAGUCUGUAGCUACCUUUUAAAAGAAGUUUGUGUUUUGAUAUGAUCACUAAAACAAUUGGGUUGAUCUUGAACUCACCAUAUAGCUGAGACUGACCAGGGCUUAAUCCUGCCCCCGUGUGCUGGAUUACAGGCAUGCUCCACUAUGCCCCACUCGAGAAAGAAAAUAAUUUUUUUUUUUUUUUUUUUUUUUAAAGCAGGAUUUUUCUGUUUAGCCUUUGCUGUCCUGAAACUCACUCUGUAGACCAGGCUGGCCUCAAACUCAGAGAUUAGCCUGCUUCUGCCUCCUGAGUGCUGGGACUAAAGGUGUGUGCCACCACCACCUGGUUAAGCCUAGAUUAAGAAAUUAAUUAG